AUUCAGCCCAUUGCAUAUCCCAGACACGAUGGCACCACGCACACAAACCGCAAUUGUCCAGACGGAGAUAUCGUCUUCUAAAAAUAUCCCUCUCACGGUCAAUCGUUCUGCGCCAAUUCCUGAAGUCAAAUCAGAGCACCAUGUGCUUGUCCGAGUGCUUGCGGUGGCACUGAACCCGAACGACCACAAGAUGGUCACCCAUUUCAACACGCCCAACAGUAUAGCCGGAUGCGAUUUCUGCGGUAUCAUCGCCAGUCCUGCAUCAUCUUCCUCAGCUGCAGCGCGCCUCCCCAGGGGUACCAGAGUCUGCGGUGCACUGUUUCCGUAUAGCCCAGCGGACCCCGACAACGGAUCCUUCGCGCAAUUCUGCGUGGUGGACUCGCGUCUGCUGGUCAAAGUCCCUGAUACAUGGAGUGAUCUCGAAGCUGCGUCACUCGGAGUUGGAUGGUCUACCAUCUCGCUCGCAUUGUCCGACCCUAAUGCGCUGAACCUGGAGGGACUUCCUACCAAGCCUUCUCACCAGGCGAAGGAGCCAGUACUGGUUUACGGCGGUGGAACUGCGUCUGGCACGCUGGCCUGUCAAUUGUUAAACUUGAUGGGCUAUACACCGAUCGCCAUUGCAUCCAGCAAGUCCGCCGAACUCGCAGUCAAAUACGGAGCGAGCGCGACAGCCUCAUACGCAUCCAAGGACUGCGUCGACACCGUAAAAUCGCUGGCCGGUAAGCCCAUUCGUCGCGUUCUGGACUGCAUCACGGACGCCGAAUCCGCAGCGAUCUGCUACAACGCAAUGGCUCGCACGGGUGGCACCUAUGCCUGUCUCGAGGAAUGUCCUGAGGCCUGGCGCACUCGCAAGAUCGUCAAGGUAAAGGAGGUAAUGGGAUUCCAGGUACUCGGAGUGGAUAUUAACCUGGGCGAGUCUACAUACACAAGGGCGGGCGAUGAGAAGCUCAUGGCAAUAGGGAUACAGUGGGCGGGCGAGAUAGAGGCGCUGAUGGAGUCUGGCCAGCUCAAGGCACACCCACUACGAGAGCUUCCAGGCAGCUGGGAAGCCAUCGUCGAGGGUCUGGAAUUGUUACGCAAGGGCGAAGUGCGCGGACAGAAGCUUGUUGUGGGGAUUCCACAGGACUAGAUACUGGAAAUAGUCUACUCUAUGCAUGGUCUAUGCUCUUAAACUGGCCCCAGAAGUCCUUCUUCCACUCAUUCACCAGCUUGGUCACCGUGGGAUUCCCAAACGGCGCCUGCUGAGUAGCAAAGAAGCCAGCAACGCGUAGGUUCCUGUUCGCCCACCAGACGAUGUUCGAGGCUCCUCCCCAUCCCAGCAUCCCCUUGGGCUGCCCUAUCUCGGCCACCUCGCCAACGG